AUGACCCUAACAAAGCAGGCCCGUCUUCGCAACCCCGACGAUUUCCCAACUCUCCAGCUCUUCUUGCUGGCCAUUGUUCGCCUUGCCGAGCCCAUUGCCCUGACCUCCAUCUUCCCCUAUGCCUGGCCUCUUGUCAAGAAGUUCAAGAUCGGCAAUGAGCAAGAUGCAUCCUUCUACGCCGGCCUCCUCAUCUCCUCCUUCUCCCUCGCAGAAGCCCUCAUGGGCAUGUACUGGGGCGGCCUCUCGGAUCGAAUCGGCCGCAAGCCCGUCUUGAUGCUGGGAUGCGUCGGAACCAUGUUGAGUAUGAUCAUGGUAGGCUUCGCCUCCAACAUCUGGGUCGCCUUACUCGGAAGAGCCAUAGGUGGUCUUCUCAACGGCAACAUCGGAGUCAUCCAGACAAUGGUCGGCGAACUCGUUACCAAACCUGAACAUGAACCUCGCGCCUUUGCCGUCAUGCCUUUUGUCUGGAGUAUCGGGACCAUCAUCGGGCCGUGCAUCGGCGGCACCUUUGCCGAUCCUCACUCGUCGUGGCCCAAAGCUUUCCCGGCAGGUGGCCUCUUUGAGCGCUUCCCCUACCUUCUUCCCAACCUCCUCUGCGCCGCUCUCCUCCUCAUCAGCAUCGUCCUGGGCUUCGUUCUUCUCGAUGAGACACACCCUGACAUGCAACCCCGAGUGCUGCUGCCGGCAGACACCUACGUCUCGGAGGAGACUCCGCUGAUCGAGACUUCAGAUGCCAUGAAGCGCCCGGCGGUCGACUUGCGAGCGGAGACGUAUGGCACUAUGCGGAGCUUCAAUGGCGAGCCUUGCGAGGACGAGCGGCCCGAGAUGUCACUGGAGAAGGCUGGAAUCGUCAAGACUGUCUGGAACAAGCGCGUCGUCGGCUUCAUUGUCGCCUUGUCCAUCUUCACCUAUCACUCCAUGACUUACGACCACCUCAUGCCAAUCUUCUUCGAGGACGAGCGUCUGUCCCCGGCGACUCUCGCCCGCAUCGGCCUGGCGUCGCCCAAGCUCUCUGGCGGUCUGGGACUCUCGCUCCGCGACGUGGGCAUGGUCAUGGCUGUCAACGGUGUCAUCGCCCUGUUCGUCCAAGCCGUCAUCUUCCCCUUGGCGGCAGAGAGGGUCGGUGUGUACAGACUCUUUCUCAUUGUCACAGUGUUGCACCCCAUUGUCUACGCAAUCGUCCCCCUGCUCCUCCUUGUACCCCAAUCAUACAUCUUCCCCGCCAUCUAUGCCUGCCUCGCCAUCCGCAACAUACUCUCCAUCACGCUCUACCCUCUCCUCCUCAUCCUCAUCAAGGAGGCUACGCCUUCCUCGAGCGCACUGGGCAAAGUCAACGGGUUGGCUGCCAGUGCCGGCGCCGCAUGCCGCAUGGCGGCCCCGCCCAUUGCAGGCUUUCUCUACACCUUUGGCAGCAAGAUCAACUUUACUGCCUUGGCCUGGUACGGCAGCGCUGUUGUCGCGGUGAUUGGAGCCGUGCAAUGCUUUUCGGUGCCACGCGAACAAAGCUCCGACAUGUCCGAGGAGGGUGCAGUUGCACAGCACACGCAAGAAUCAAUGCCCAUCAUCACUGAAGUAUCAGACGAUGAGGAAUAA